AUGAAAUUUGGACGCAAUCUUCCGCGCAACCAGGUGCCCGAGUGGGCGGCCUUCUACAUUAACUACAAGGGCCUCAAGAAACUCGUCAAAGCCGCGUCGCAAAAGGCCAAGAAUGGAGAGGCCGUGGAUCCAGCAGAGCUCUUCUUCGCCCUUGACCGCAACCUCGAGGACGUCGACUCCUUCUACAACAAAAAGUAUGCCGAGGCCUGCCGGCGCCUCAACAUACUGCACAACCGCUAUGGGCGCGUCCCGGAUGUCGUGGCCACGCUCGACCGGGACGAGGUCGAGGAGGUCAUGGGCGCCCUGCUCGAGCUGAGGACCCAGCUGCGAAACCUCCAGUGGUUUGGCGAAAUCAACCGCAGGGGCUUCGUCAAGAUCACAAAGAAGCUCGACAAAAAGGUCCCUGGCAUCUCGUCCCAGCACAGCUACAUCUCCACAAAGGUCGACCCCAAGCCCUUUGCCAAGGAUGCCCACAUCGCCCGGCUGCUCGUCGAGAUCAAUCGCUGGCUCUCCGUCCUCGGCGACGCCCAGAACAUCGACGACUCCACCUCGGACCGCUCUACCCGCUCCCUCGGCCGAGCCUCGGCCAAGGCCAUGCUCCAUCUCCCGCAGGCCCAGCUCGACACCUUGGAUCAGGCUGUUCGCCGCGACGACGUGGCCUCGCUCACGUCCGGACUGGACGAGGCCAAUCUCGGCACAGAGACGCAAGCUCAGGGCUUGCUGCUCAAUCUCCUCCAGCGCUCCAUCUCGGCUCGCUCCAAGGCCUGCAUCGCCUACCUCCUCCCUCUCAUCAAGGACCUGGACGAGCCCGACGACAUCAACGGUCGCAAUUGCAUCCACAGACUUGUCAUCCACAUCGGCCGCACCAAGUUGGCGCCGCCCAAUGAGGACAGCCCAAAGGCCUUUCCGGCCAUCAACACAAACGAGAAUGAGCAUCUCGGCAAGGACGACGAGGCGGUGCAGAUACUCGUCUGCCUCCUUCAGCUGCUGGGGCCGGAGCAACGACACGCCCUGAAGAGUCGCGACACCUUCGGGCGUCUGCCGCUUCACUAUGCGGCCCAGUUCGGCUCCGUCAUCGUCUGCCAACUCAUCAUGGCCAAGAUGCAAGAGUGGAACCAGUUCCACGUCCAGGACGGCAUCGACGCCCCAGAAUGGCAGGACAAUGACGGCUAUGCUCCGUUGCAUCUCAGCGUCAUCGGCGGGCAUCCGUUGACGACCCGAGCCUUGCUGCAGGGUGAGAACUGGCAGGGUAGCAGCGAGGCCAAGGUGCAAUUGCGCAAGACCAUCUCUAAAUCUGGCGCUGUGCUUGCUCUCGCGACAAAGUCCAACUACGAGCCCAUUGUCGAGAUGCUCGUCAAUGCCGACGUCGACAUCAACUGGACCGACAAGACGGGCGAAUCGGCCCUCCACAUCGCCGCCCGGUUUGGCCACGUCGGCUGCGCCCGCAUCAUCAUCAAGGGCAGCGAUUCUCAACAGGCGAAUCUCGAGAUCACCGAGAACUCGUACUCGUGGACGCCGCUGCACGUGGCCGCCGUCGAUGGCUCCAUCACCGUCGUGCAGCUGCUGGUCAGUGCCGGGGCCGACGUCUCCCGGCCCGACGCGUCGGGCUGGACGGCCAAGGAACACGCGGCCCUGCGCGGCCAUAUGGACAUUGCUCGGCUCCUCGCCUCGCACACAAACGACGAGGAGGCCGCGUCUAGGGUGGCCGCGGGACUGCAGGCGUCCAACCCCCCCGAGGGUUCCUCCAUUGACGAGCGACGCUCCAACGGAUCUACCUCAAACGGGGGCCCGCGGCCUGCCGAGCCGGUCAAGAGCUUCGGUCACCGCUAUCUGACCAACGAGAGUCUAGUCCUCGUCAGCCUCGGUACCAUGGACGUUCGGAAGAGUACGGACGCCGUCAGCCUCGACCGUGUCCCUCUCACCGAGGCGCACAAUACGCAGUUGGACACGGCGCUGUCGGUGGUUGUCACUGCCAACGGCGCGCAAGGCGAACCAACCAUCAUCGACCUGCCGGUGCACGAGGGCAUCUCGACGGAGCCCGUCGUGUUCACCACUGGGGACGCCACCAAGGUCAAGCUCUUGUUCGACAUUGUCCCGACGUACUCGGGCAGCGAGAAGAACAAGAUUGGCCGGGCCGUCGCCCUGCUGUCCUCGAUCAAGCCGACGCUCGGCACCCAGCGGGUCAACCUCCAGGGCGACGUGUGCGUUCCCAUCAUGUCGGGCAACCUGGAAGUCAUCGGGACCGUCAACUUCAACUUCCUCGUCAUCACCCCCUUUUACCACCCCAACAUGGAGGUCACGUCUCAGCAGACGUAUUGGAAGAAGCUUGACUCCACCAUGGUCAUCGGCCACCGUGGCCUGGGCAAGAACCUCACGUCCAACAAGUCUCUGCAGCUGGGCGAGAAUACGCUGCCUUCAUUCAUUGCCGCGGCCAACCUGGGCGCGCAAUACGUCGAGUUUGACGUUCAGCUCACCAAGGACCACGUUCCCGUCAUCUACCACGACUUUCUCGUCAGCGAAACCGGCAUCGACGCUCCGGUGCAUACCCUCACCCUGGAACAGUUUCUCCACAUCAACUCAGACAAGAGGAGGGACGCGGCGCAGAACAGCAACCGCUCGCUGUCGAUGGGCUACGCGGGAAGCGGGCACGACGAGAUGGAGGAGCGCAUGAAGCACACGCGCGACUUCAAAGAAAAGGGCUACAAGGCCAACUCUCGGGGCAACUUCAUCCAGGCGCCGUUCGCGACCCUCGAGGACCUUUUCCGCAAGCUGCCAGAGGAGAUUGGGUUCAACAUUGAGCUCAAGUACCCCAUGCUGCACGAGAGCGAGGAGCACGAGAUGGACACGUACGCGGUCGAGCUCAACUCGUUUUGCGACACGGUGCUCUCCAAGGUCUACGACCUGGCCGGGUUCCGGCACAUCAUCUUCAGCUCGUUCAACCCCGACAUUUGCCUCUGCCUCAGCUUCAAGCAGCCGUCGAUCCCCAUCCUCUUCCUCACCGAUGCCGGGUGCAGCACGGUGGGCGACAUUCGAGCCUCGUCGCUGCAGGAGGCCAUCCGUUUCGCGAGCCGCUGGAACUUGCUCGGCAUCGUGUCGGCGGCGGAGCCCCUCAUCAACAGCCCGAGGCUCGUGAGGGUCGUCAAGGAGCUCGGGCUGGUGUGUGUCAGCUACGGCGUGCUGAACAAUGACCCGACUCUGGUUCAGCGACAAGUCAAGGAGGGCAUAGAUGCCGUCAUCGUCGACAGCGUCCUGGCCAUUCGCAAGGGCCUCACGAGUGCCGAUGGCAGCGGAGACCAAUCGACAGACACCAUGUCUGAGACAGACAAGGAACAAAAGUCAUGGGAGUAG